AUGAUUACUAGUAACCAACCUGAACAGAUGAAGGAAACCUGCGAUGAUGGCGAUCAAUACGUUUUGCGACGGUCAAAAGUCCAGCAAAAACCUGUAACCACUUUGUCCGAAUUCAAAUUACCGAUUGGCAGAGGAAGACUAACUAAAGUAAAUGCCAACGGUAAACCGUUUAUGAUGAGCGUCUCAGCUACAUCAUUCAGCAACUGCACUACGAAGACCGACGAUAUGGCAGCUGUUGAAAACUAG